AUGAAUGCCUUCACCACUGGCCUGGUGCAACCGUCGUCCUCAUUUGCCCCCGGUCAGCCGAUAUCUGCUCCGAAGAAAGGCAGAGCACGGCAAUCUGGCACGGCAUGGACUCGUUCGGGAUGUUUGACCUGCAAGAAACGACGCAAAGCUUGCGAUAAGACCAAGCCGAGUUGCAACAAUUGUAUCAAGCAAGGUCGGACGUGUGAGGGCUAUGGCUCUAUGUGGGUAGAGCCACUGGGUCCCUCGGCAAAUGUAUUUUCACAGAGUGAAGUACCAAAGCGUAGGAGGCUCAGUAUGUCCUCAUUCCAACUGCCUUCGCCUAUGCUGUCACCGUCGUCAGAUGCUUGGCCUGAAACCCGUUCAUCGCCUGGGACAGUGGAUUCCUUGGCUUGGUCUAUCCCAUCAUCAUCUUUGGAAUAUCAACUAGUUGGAACGAAUGAAAACCAUAUCCACGAUACAGAUGAACAAAGUCUAGAUCAGGACUUCCAUCUGCAUAACUCCGUGGCAGUGAUCCCCCGGCCUCAAGGAUUCAUCAACCAUGUCUCCACCCACGAAACUCACUAUCUCCAAUAUCAUAUGGAGCAAGGAUCCCGACUCCUAGCAAAUCUCGAGAGCGAUGACAAUCCUUUGCGGUCGUUGUUGAUUCCAAUGGCAAUGUCAUCACCGCUGCUGAUGAAAGCCGUAUGUGCCGUCUCCGCUCUGCACUUAGCAAACCGAUCUCGCGGCUUCGGUGCACACACAGCUGCAGUUAACUACUACAGCGGGACUCUCAACGGGCUUCGGUCAGCACUGGUCAAGUGUUCAACAGAGGUUUUCCCCGACGAUGCUUUACUAGCAGUAGGUCUACUCUGCAAAUAUGAGAUCGUCCGCGGCAGCAUCAAGCAAUGGGUGAUUCACCUUAAUGCACUCCAGCGCUUGAUCGUCUCCCGUGGAGGCUUUGAAUCGAUGGAUCGAGGCGCUGCCGAGUUCCUACGUGGACUAUUUGUCUAUGCCUAUAAUAUGGCCCAGAUCAGUAAUCUAAACUGCAACACUACUAUCGAUGUCACUGUGAAUAGUGAUAUUGGCGUCCCGAAAUUGGAUAUCUACAUCGGCUACACCGAAGAGAUUCUCAGACUAUGUGCACGCAUUGCAGAGCUCCCCUCUUUAAAAGAUGACAACUUGGCUCUCCGCCUCAGCGUCGCGACUAUGAACGAAUCCCUCCUCACCUGGUCCCAUACCUCAACCCCCUACAUAAUCCCCCAAGGCACAUCCCCAGCAACCCUCACACGCCUCCAACUGGUAGCCGAAUGUUUCCGCGACGCAGGCUUCGUCUACCUCCAUUCAAUAAUGGAACGAUUAGACAGAGACCAUCUAAAUACCACCCUCGCCACAACAACCCCCAAUACCACGAUUAACCCCGGAUCCCUCGAAACAAAUUCCCUCUCAGCACAAGAUUGGCUCCCUCUAAUCUCAACACCCAAAUCCCUCGCCGUCCACCGCUGCCUCUCGCGCGUGGAGGCCUUCCCAUUGGAUGACCAUUGCGAAUACUCAGCGCUCACAUUCCCGCUUUUUAUUUCAGGCUGUGAAAGCGAGAACGUGGAAGAUCGAGAAGUCGUUCUUCGCUCGUUGGGCAAACUACAAGAUAAUUUUGGGAUUGGGAAUGUCCGGCGCGCGAAGGAUUUAUUGGGUAUUCUAUGGGCGAGACGGGAUGCUGAUCGUGAGGCUGAAGUUGCGGGCAUUGGAAACAGCCGGAAGGUGCAUUGGCUGGAUAUUGUUGAGGAAUUGGGGUGGGAGCUUAUUCUUGCAUAG